GUUUCUCCAGCUAUUUAUCACACGCGCUGCAACCCAGUCCUAUUUCGCUCGCGAUUAUGCCAGCACUUCCCCAAGGCAACCGAAUGGCUACAAGCGUUGCUGAUCCACAACGCCGGUUAGCAAGGUUUUUGCAAACAAAACCUAGGAUCAUAUUAGGUUCCAGCUCCUUUGGUCGAAGGCAAAUUAUGGACCAGCUUGCAGCGGAACACGGGUUCUCGUACGAGGUGAAGACAGCAGACAUAAACGAAAAGGCCAUUCGCGACCCAGAUCCGGAAAAGCUGGUGCGGCUGCUGGCCCGGGCGAAGCGGGAGGCCAUCGUCGCCAAGAUGCGGGCGGCGGGUGAGGAGCUGCGGGGCAUCCUCAUCACCUGCGACCAGGUCGUUGUCCACGAAGAUCGGGUGCUUGAGAAGCCGGGCUCGGUGGACGAGGCGCACGACUACAUCGAGGGAUACGGCCGCAGCCCUGCCUCCACGGUGGGUGCGGUGGUGGCAACUGACCUGGUCUCGGGGCGCGCGGCGGAGGACGUGGAGCGGGCCUUCAUCCACUUCCGGCCCAUACCCCCGGAAGUACGGCAGCAGCUGGUGGCGGAGGGGCAGGUCUUCUACUGCGCGGGGGGCCUCAUGGUUGAGCACCCGCUGGUGGUGCCGCACAUCGCCCGGCUGGAGGGCAGCCAGUGCAGUGUGAUGGGGCUGCCGCGGCAGCUGGUGAUGCGGCUCAUGGUGGAGGCGGCGGGGGUGGAGUAGGGGGGGAGGGUAAAAAUAAGGAGAACUGACGAACUGUAUGACGAGGCUUCUCCAUAGUUACUAAUUGAACCUGGCCCAUCCCACCCCACCCGUAUUAUUCAAGGGAGAAAGGGGGGGCAGGAGGGGAGCCGCCGGGCUGCUGACGAGCUGCAUGCGCGCGGGAGAGAGCGAAGGAGGGGAGGGGAGAGGAGAGGGAGG